GUGCGGACCCGGCGCUCCGACGAAACGCUGAACGCAGCGGGCAACCCAUCCUCGAAUCCAAGUUAAGAUCUUCCUGCUCGCGCCGCUGCUUCCCCGAGUCGAUCCCUGCCUCUCGAGCUGCUGAUGUUAGCGACUAAUAUUAGGCGAAGUCUCUGAAUUGGAAGGCUAAAAAAGCUUGUGCUUCUGGGUCUGGUGACUUGUCUUCUCACAGGUGAACUUGCCCAGCUGAGCUGCACCUCUUUGGCUGCUCCACCUGACUUGAGUUGGGGGAGCUCUCUGAAGGGCAACACUCGGCUGCGAGGGCAGGAGAAUGAGCGGGCAACGCGUGGAUGCCAAAGUUGUGAUGCUGGGCAAAGAGUAUGUGGGCAAGACCAGCUUGGUGGAGCGAUAUGUUCACAACCGUUUCCUUGUAGGACCUUAUCAAAAUACAAUAGGUGCUGCAUUCGUGGCUAAAGUGAUGCCAGUGGGCGGCCGCACAGUAACUUUGGGUAUCUGGGAUACAGCUGGCUCAGAGAGGUAUGAAGCUAUGAGUCGAAUAUACUAUCGUGGAGCAAAAGCUGCCAUUGUAUGUUAUGAUCUCACUGACAGAAGCAGUUUCCAGAGAGCAAAAUUCUGGGUGAAUGAACUACAGAACUUUGAGGAAAACUGCAGGAUCUAUUUGUGUGGCACCAAAAGUGAUUUGCUGGAAGAGGAUAAGAGAAGACGGGAAAUUGACUUCCAUGAUGUACAGGACUAUGCAGACGAGAUCAAAGCUGAGCUGUUUGAAACCUCAAGUAAGACUGGACAGAAUGUUGAUGAGCUUUUCCAGAAGGUGGCUGAAGAUUAUGUACAGUUUGCUGCCUUUGAGUUAACAGAGGAAAAAGGAGUUGAUCUGAAUCAAAAGAGCACUACCACCUAUUUUUACAGCUGUUGUCAUCACUGAAUUUUUUAUUUUGCCAAAAGUAACAUUCUUCACCAGAGACAGCAAUUCAUGCUUUUUCUGGUGGGUCACAUCUUCUACUUGCUAGUUGGAAUGCCUUGCCCUUUGGAUAUGUAGAACAUUAUUUGUUGGCUGCUAUCCAAGGAAACAGGAGAGAAGUAGAUCAAAGAUAUGAAUAUGCUGCAAAAUGUGCUGCCUUGUUGAGUGGAAGACUUGAUUGCCUUGUGCUCCCUUCCCAGCAGAGAUUGACUAAAUUAUUGAACUGUGUCACGAAUUGUUAUUUUUCAUCACUAUGCACAAGAGACCUUAUGCUGACGGGUUGUUUCUGCUAUUUUGAAGAUGUUGCCUGAUUCUUAUUUAAAUGGCUUUCAAUAAGUUAUCUACAUGUAAAUAAAAGGCAGUGUGGUCUUGUGCUGUUG